AUGAAGGCUAACAGUGAUAAAAAAAAGGAGCAACAGAGGACUGAUAACAGUGAGAACCAGAUAAGAAAAAAUUAUGACCCUACCAACGAUGCAACCAGCGAUGCCACCAUUGAUGCAAACAGCGGUGCAACCAGUGAUGCCACCAGCGAUGCACACAGCGGUGCAAACAGCGACACAAAAUCCCUAUACUGCUUACAGCAUUAUCAGGAGUGCUUGCAGCUUGCUUAUCGAAAAGAGGAACAUAUAUCUCCUGUACCAGAUAAAAUAUUUAGAGCGCUGAACUUGACACCUCUUGAUAAGGUGAAAGUGGUUAUAUUAGGACAAGAUCCGUAUCCGGAUGAAAAUUUGGCAUGUGGUCUUGCUUUUUCUGUGCCAACUGGAUAUCCUGUUGGAUUGCCUUUUCCACCGUCACUGAGGAAUAUAUUCACUUGUUUAAAAAAUGAUCCGUAUGUGGACUUCACAUGGCCCAGUCAUGGAAAUCUAAGAAGCUGGGCUUAUCAGGGUGUUUUGCUGUUAAACACAAUUCUCACAGUUGGACAAACACCAUUAAGCAAUAAAGGCUUUAGAUGGGAAAUGCUUACAGACAAUGUCAUCAAGACUGUCGGUGAUACUCCACAACAUGUUGUAUUUAUUUUGCUCGGCAAGCAUGCCCAGUCUAAGAGACAUUUAAUAGAUUUGUCGAAAAAUACAAUACUGACUGAAUCCCACCCAGCUGCCAGAGUGGCAGUUACGAACUCUCAUCGGUUGAACGUCAUUACUUUGUGCAGGAUGCUAUCUGGCGUUGUAAGAAUGAAAAGGAGAAACAGUUACUGUUUUCUAAUUUUCUGAAGGAUACCAAACGAAAACAGAAAUCAAAGUACAUAUUUUCAAAAGAUGGGCAAUUCACUGUCAUAAACAAGGCUUAGGGCGUUGCAAAGAAGCCUGGGCAAAGAAAACGCCCAAUAAAUGAAAGGACACAAAAACGCUGAUAUUAACUGACAGAGUGCUUUAACAAAAUGCGUCUUGUUCUAAGUGUGAAAAUUGAAUUUAAAAUACGACCUUGUGGCACCAAUCAGGUAGCCGGUCAAAGUGAUUACAGAUUGCUGUAAAAAUUGUGGGUUGUUACAAAUGUGUAAAUCAAUUUCAAAAUACGACCUUGUGGCACCAAUCGGGUAGCCAGCCAAAGUGAUUACAGAUUGCUGUAAAAAAAUGUUUGUUGCAAGUCUGAGUGAUAAUACAGUGUACUUGCUUUUGUUGUAGUUUUCUGUUUCUGCAAUAUUACAUGUAGUUAUAUUUAGAGCCAAGCAAGCUGAAAUGAUACAGAAUAAAACAAUUCAAUUAUUUCAUUAUUAUUUACUUGAACACAUUUGUAUACACAUUAAUAUACUAAAAAGAAACCUUGCAAGUAUUGUCAUUAAUAACAUUUAAAAAUGAUUAGAAACGAUUUGUUUUUUUUCAGCUUGCUUAGUUCUCACAUGUGUACAAAAAGAUGCAUUCUGCAAAAAAAAAAAAAAAAACAAAAAAAAACAGAGCACAUUCAUUACAUGUUUGUAUCAAUAUGUCAACUUAUAUGUCAAAUUUGUACAAAAAGAUGCAUUCUGCCAAUAAAAAAAUGUUAAAAAAGCAAAUAAAAAAAAAAAAAAAAAAAAAAGGCAGAGCACAUUCAUUACAUCUCUCUAUUAUCGUUUCUAUAUGUAUCUUAUGUAUUAUCCUUCUUCAUUAUUUCAUAAUUUCAUAUUUGUAUAAAAGAUGCAUUCUGCAAAAAAAAAAAAAAAAAAUUAAAAAAAGCAAAAAAAGCAGAGCAUAUUUAUUAUGUUUAUAUAGAUCUUAUUAUUAUCUUCAUUAUUUCAUAUUUGUAUAAAAGAUGCAUUCUGCAAAAAAAAAAAAAAAAAAAAAAAAAAAAAAAAAAAAAAGCAAAAAAGCAGAGCACAUUUAUUAUGUUUGUAUAUAUCUUAUUAUUAUCUUCAUUAUUUUAAAUUUGUACUAAAAGAUGCAUUCUGCAAUAUAUGUAUAUAAAAGAAAAAAACAAAAAGCAGAGCACACUUAUUACACUUAUUUACAAGAAAUAUCGUAUCUAUCUGUAUCUUAGGUAUUAUCUCAUUUCUUACUUCAUACUUAUAUUUCAUGGGCCACGAUUGAAAGCGCCUCCCUGAGGUAUGGCCUGGAUGUAGUUGAAUACAGCUAUUCAACCGGAUAGGGUUGAAUACUGUUAUUCAACUAUAACAGAACGCUUUCUGUAACUUACAUGUAUUAUACGAUGACAACAAUAUUGCACAUAGACAUAGACAUAGCCUUUUCCUAAUUCGAAUUUUGAUUGUUCCCCUUUGAGUUAUUUAUGUUUUUGGUUGCGGGUUUAUCCCGAUACCAAAGUUAAAGUGUAUUUCUGACAAUCACAGCAUCUUUGAUUCCAAAUCACAUCCAAAAGAUGUUCAUGUGCUACACAAAAUUGUCCCAUUCGUGAACAAUGUGGAUGAAUUAUCAAUGAACAAGCAGUUCUUAUUCAACCUUUAUCCACUAGCACUGACCAUUUAGAUUAUAUAAGAUCUAUCAAUGAUAAGACAUUGGGCUAUUCCAGAUAAUAUCUGAAACCCCCCCCCCCACCCAUGGAAGGCACUUGUUUUUGUCCAAGGGGGGUAUUUCCUGACAGUUGUCCAGGGGGGUCUGUCCAGGGGGGUGUUCUGGAAACGGUUUGUCCAAGGGGAUCUUUUCGGGCAAAAAUGCCUUCCAUAGUCCUGUCCAGCGGGGUCUGGAAACAGUUCGUCCAAGGGGGUCUUUUUGGGCAAAAAUGCCUUCCAUAGUCUUGUUCAGGGGGGUCUGUCCAAGGGGGGUUCUCGAAAGAGUUUGUCCAAGAGGGUCUUCUUGGGCAAAAAUGCCUUCCAUAGGCUUGUCCAGGGGGAGGGGUCUGUCCAAGGGGGUUCUGGAAACGGUUUGUCCAAGGGGGUCUUUUCGGGUAAAAAUGUCUUCCAUAGUCUUGUCCAGGAGGGUCUGUCCAAGUGGAAUUUCUCGAUAGAGUUUGUCCAAGGGGCUCUUUUUUGGGUCUGCCCAAGCUGGAAUUUCCAGCCCAUGGUUAUACAUCACAAGCUGGGUCAAGCAGAGUUCAUCUUAGAUAUGAGGCACAUUAAAUUUGUAUUUGUUUCUCAUUCAUGUAUAUUCAUAGACUGGCAUUUAAAUAGAAAAUAAGUUUACCAACAACCCGCAACCAUCGGACAUUUCAAGGCUUUGAUUUUUUUCAGUUCUCUUUAUCAAAGAAGUAUAAAAUACAUUUAUUUUUAGGCAGUGGCUACGAUUACGGCACCGUAAUCCUAGCCUCUGGUUCUAGUAUUACGGAAGUUCCGUAUUCCUAGACAACCCUAUGAGGAUAGGCUAGGAUUACGGAAGUAUUUAAGAGGCAUCAAAUAUAUGUUAGGACAUGCAUAAAUGACGUUGUAAAAUUACUUAUUUCACUAUUAUUUCGUGCUAUCGAUCCACUGUUUUGGGUUAGUAUAAUCUUAAUGGUGGCACGCGGAAAUAUUAUAGAAUUAUCUAUGUUUCAUAUAUACCUGCAAUUUUUGUCAUCAAAUCAACACAAAUGGUCUUUAAUAACAUACAUUAUUAUUCAACUUUACAAUAUUACACACUGUAUUAGAUCAAUUGCAAACAUCAUAUGAAACAGACAGAGCUAAUACAAAACAUAACUGAGCCAAUAUGAGAAAAACAGGGCCAAUACGAAAAAACAGGGCCAAUACGGAAUUCAAGCAUUUUGAUUGGUUCAAAAGAGAGGGCCAAUACGGAGAAGCCACUUCCGUUUGAUUUUUAAAUGACGCCAUUUUGUUUUACAUCAGAGUUAUAGAUUACAUCUUUUUUUUCACAUUUUGAUAAAAAAAGUCAUCCAACAUGUUUGAAUUUAAUAACCAAGUAUGACUGAGCGGGAUGUACGUCUUCGGAGAUUACAACGGUACUUUCGCUUAUUCGGUAUUGUGUAAAAUGCAAGUGUUUCCUGUCAGAAAUUCUAGCAGUUGUCAAGGAAAAUAAUAAGAAAAUAUGGAAACUCAGAUUAAUUAAAAGGAUGAGACUUAUCUUUAACAGACAUUUUGAUAGUGUGGACUAUUUGUGCAAUGAUAAAUAGCGAUUCAAGUGCUGGAAAGUGGAUGAAUAAAUUGGCGAACAAGAGUGUCAGUUGUGAACUGCAAACAAUUUCGGAUAAGAAUUAAACGAGGCAUGG